GUCUAUUUAAUCAUGCAACUAGCAGAGAAUGGCACACUCCUCGAUUAUGUACGCGAAAAGAAAUUUCUAGAAGAGCCGCAUAGUCGCAAUCUAUUCCAACAAUUAAUCAGCGCCGUCGAAUAUAUACAUUCUAAAAAUGUGGUGCAUCGUGACAUAAAAUGCGAAAAUCUCCUACUAGACGAAACUUAUACGUUGAAAUUGAUCGAUUUCGGCUUUGCACGCAAAGAUACGCGUACUACUGAUCAGCAGGUGAUACUUU